AUGAGACCCGUUACAGUUGGAAUUGUGUCGAUCGGAGACAUGGGCCUAGGUAUGGCGAGACUGCUAAAAGCACACGACUAUCGCGUUGUCACGGUCGCACAGGGCAGAAGCGAACACACUCUAGAGCGAAUUCAUUCGGCAGGAAUCGAAAUCCUUCCCUCGGAUCAAGCACUAGUAAUCCAAGCCGACUACGUACUUUCGAUCGUACCCCCACGGAACGCAGUGGCGACAGCGCAACGAAUAGCAGAUGCAUAUGCAGAGCCAACGACCGGCAAUCUCCGCGAGGCGACAGAGGACGUAGAAGGCCAGUCACAGCGACGCAGAUUAUAUUACCUCGAGCUCAACGCGGUACCCGCCCGACUGGCGUCGGAGAUGGCGGCGCUGUUCGAGCCAACCACAGCGAAUGCAGGGCUCGGGUGCCACUUCCUCGAUGGCGGAAUCAUUGGCGGGCCUCCGUCGCAAAGCACGCAAGACGGGACCUGGAAGAAACCUAGCGUGGUGUUGUCGGGAUUGGUGGAUCUGGCCCCUGCGUUUGCGACGCUGGCGAAAGUCCUGAAUAUCAAGCUUGUCUCGCCUCGGAUUGGCGCUGCAUCCACGCUGAAAUUAUCCUUCGCUGCUUUGACAAAAGGUCUCACUGCACUGUCUAUUCUGUCUUUCUCCACUGCGCAGAAGGAGUCGAUUUUGCCGGAGUUGUUGGCAUUGUUGGAGGAAUACUCCCCGCGCACUGCGGCGCUUGCGACAAAUGGGGUGAUUGGUAUGAGUCCUAAGGCAUACCGGUGGGAAGAUGAAAUGCGUGGGAUCGGGGAGGCGUUCGAUGCCGAGGGAGGAUGGAAUGGCGUUGGGGCCGGUGUUUAUGGAGGGUUUGCUGAGAUCUAUCGGACUAUUGCGGAGGAUACUGUAUUAGGCGAGGAAAGAGUGGAGCAUCGAGUUCGAGGGAUGACGGUUGAAGAUGCCGCUCAGAUCAUUGCUGAAAGGCGUAAAAAAUAA